UCUUGCACUGAGAGGUGGGGCACCAUGGCAAGCAACAAAUUCCAAAUCGUGGUGCAGGGGGAAGCCUCUGAAACGGAUUCGGAUGACGAGGUGUACAUCACCUCACUGCCGUCUGAACAUGCUUCUGCCUCCGGUCUGAAAGUUCCUGGAGAAGCAUCAGAAACGGACAGUGAGGGAGAAGUUGAAAAGGCUUGCAAACGUGUCUACGCCGCAAGUUCAGAAAACGUUCAAAUGCUUCGAAAAGACUUACCACCUCUAAUUGUGAUCCGAAACACCCCUGAUUUAUUCGCCGAGGCGCAAGACAAGUCUUUGGCGAGGCCUGACGUUAGUGGACAAUAUAACACUUUGCUACAGCAGAAACUGCAAGAGAGCAAUACUCGUCUUUGUAACGAUGUGACUCAAACUCUAAAGCAGGUAUAUAAUGGUGCAACGAGGGACAUUCGGAUGGCUACGACUAAUCUUAAUAAUUCCCAGAAUGGUAUCAUUAACGCCUCCCAUAGCAUUCGUCUUAUUCUGGAGGACCUCCGAUCUGUUUCUGAGAAGAUAGACAUUAUCACGAGUUGUAAUUUACUCCCAGACAUUAAUUUAACCACUCCCGUCAGUGGGCAAUGAAAUGAUUUGGCAACACUUGACAGG